AUGAAGCUCGACAAGUUCCCAAAAGAACAACUCACCUUCGGCACUCCCACCCCAAUCCAACACCUGCCCCGUCUCUCAGAAGCACUAGGCAACAAAGUCCAAAUCUACGCCAAACGCGAAGACUGCAACUCCGGCUUGGCUUUCGGCGGCAACAAGACCCGCAAACUCGAAUAUGUGAUCCCCGAAGCCAUUGCAGGCGGCUACGACACCUUGGUGUCAAUCGGUGGCGUGCAGUCAAACCAGACCCGUCAAGUCGCUGCCGUAGCAGCAAAACUAGGCAUGAAAUGUGUGUUGGUGCAGGAGAACUGGGUCAAUUAUUCAGAUUCUGUAUACGAUCGCGUCGGCAACAUUGAGUUGAGCAGGAUCCUGGGUGCUGAUGUGCGACUCAAUGAAGCUGGUUUCGACAUUGGCAUCAGACCUUCGUUUGAAGAAGCAAUGCAGGAAAUCAAAGAUAAAGGAGGAAAACCCUAUGCUAUUCCUGCUGGGUGUUCAGAGCACAAGUAUGGAGGCUUGGGCUUUGUGGGUUUUGCAAAGGAGGUCAUGGAGCAAGAGAAGCAGUUGGGCUUCAAGUUUGAUUAUAUUGUGGUUUGUGCGGUCACGGGAUCCACGCAGGCGGGUAUGGUUGUGGGCUUUGCUUCUGAGGGCAGGGCGAAGAGUGUCAUUGGUAUUGAUGCUUCGGCAAAGCCGGAGAAGACUCAUGCGCAGAUCCUACGCAUUGCUCAGAGCACUGCAGAGCUUGUCGAAUUGGGUCAGGAAAUCACCGCCGACGAUGUCAUCUUGGAUACACGAUUUGGUGGCCCUGAGUAUGGACUGCCGAAUGAGGGAACAAUGGAUGCCAUCAGACUCACUGCAAGGACUGAAGGUAUGCUGACGGACCCGGUCUAUGAGGGCAAGAGCAUGGACGGCUUGAUCCAGAUGGUCAGAAAGGGUGAAUUUCCCGAAGGAAGUAAGGUCUUGUAUGCGCAUCUUGGUGGUGCACCGGCUUUAAGUGCCUAUGCCGGCAUAUUCAAGCAGGGAUAG